AUGAAGCAAUCGUUACAGGGGCCAUACUUUGGCCAGCACGUCUGGUUCCGCAAGUUUCACCCAGAGGACCUCCCCAGUGCCAAGAAGCGACAUGACGAGCAGACCCUGCGAGUCUCGCAAGUUUUGGACAGUAUCCUCGAAGGGAAAGAGUACCUUGUUGGCAACGAAUUCACGUAUGCCGAUCUGGUUUUUACCCCAUGGGAUAGUGUGGUGGAGGGCUUUUCCAACGGCUUGUUGGCCGAGUGGAAAGCCGACAAGUACCCCAACUUUUCCGGUUGGCACAAUCGUUUGGUCGCUUGGUCUACCGCCAGGAAGGUAUAUGGUUUGUAG